AUACAUUGCUGCUUUUGUUAAUGAUUCAAUAUGAUCUCUAGUCAUAUUGCUCCCAGAAUAAAAUAAUCAUCAACAUAUUGUGGUUUAGUUGGGCACCACACAGUCUCAUAGCACCAAGAGAAAGAGGAAGACAAGAAGGCUGAGGCUGUAAAUUUCGAACUGAAACAGCAUCCUCUCUGUCUGACCGGAGCGAGUGAAGUGGACAGUUGAGUGAUUCUCCAUCUGGAUCAAAUACAGAAUGAAUAUCCACCACAUUCUGCUCUUCUGCUUUCUCUCAGCAGCACUCUGGGGUGGAGACACUGGGCUCGUCAGUGCAAACAUAAAUGUGUUUUCUGGGACUGAAGGAAAAACUUCAUCUGUUAUAUGCUACAUGUCCCCCUCUGGAAGCACAAAAUUCUUCUGUAGGAGAGAAUGUAAAGAUGGAGACAUCCUGAUUGAAACAAACCAAAACAGCAGUGGGAGCGACAAAUACAGCCUCAAAUACGAACACAGAACAACAGGAAAAGCAUUUCUGACUGUGUCCAUCAUGCAACUGACCAAAUCUGACUCAGGACGGUACAGGUGUGGUAUGGGCAGUCCUUUGACUCCAAAUAGAUAUGUGGACUUUGAUGUCAAAGUCAUUGAUGUGCAGAAUACAAGCUCCAGCCAUGUCAAAGAAGAAAUAGCCAUCCACAGGGGUUCUGAAGGAAAAGAUCUGAGAGUGUUUUGUCACUUCAGUAUGUCUAAAAGUGCAAAGUUCUUCUGUAAGAGAAAGUGUCAAGAAGGAGACAUUCUCAUUGAGACAACCGAUGUCAGAGCUCAGAGUGGCAGAUACAUCAGUGAAUAUGAAGAAGGAUCUGGGCAAAAUUCUGUAGCUCUGUUUGUGACCAUCACACAGCUGACCGCGUCCGACGCAGGAAGAUACAGGUGUGGUUUAGGCACACCUUUGUCUCCAGAUUCCUUCAGGGAUUUUGAGAUCAGUCUCAUAGAUGCUUCAACCACUUCCAAGCCCAGCUGGACUCACCAACCAUUUACAACACCAGCCACAGUUUCCCUUAAAGCCACAGACCAGCUUUCAGCUUCAACCACUUCCAAACCCAGCUUGACUCACCAACCUUUUACAACAUCAGCCACAGUUUUCCCUAAAACCACGGACCAGCUUUCAGCAUUCUCUCAUGAAGUUCACCAUCCAGUUUAUAUGCUGCCUGUGGUCAUAUGUAUGACUUCUGCUUUCUUGGUGGCUGUUUCCUUGCUUCUUCUUUACAUUUGGAAGAGAAAGAGGAACUCUAGUUUGAGCACCAGAAUAACUCUAGACAACAUGUAUAUGACGAUAUCUGACACAUAUGAGAACUUGACCCCAGCCUACAAACAAGAAGACUCCAUCUAACACAGCCUCAAUUCAGAGACUACUGACCAGGACCCAACCUACACUGUGUUCACAAAGACAGGAAACUAAAAGUAAUACUUUUAUAUAUAUAUAGAUGUAUAUACAGCGCUUCCCAUUUUGCCCUUUAUCAUCUCAUAGCCCCAAACCAGAUUGUUUCUCACUGCGCAUACCUGAAUAAACUCACACACUGUGGCAGCUUAGCAAGUAUUCAUUAGAUCUCGACUGAUCCAAAUAUGCAAACUGCUCUAUUUUCCAAACGUGUCCAAAAGGGGCGCCCAAAGCCGCACAAUUCUUGCUGUGGCGAUACAUAACCGAUCAGCGGUCUAACAGCGUACAUUCAGUGUUCACAUAUAUACCUGUCUAUUUUGUUGCUUUCCUAAGCUUUAAUACAUCAGAGAAAUGAGAGCAGUCUCUUUACCAUAUUCAGAGAAUCAGAGGAAAGCCAUAUUUCAAAUGUUAUUGGAGACUGUUGUUGGGAUUAAAUACAUAUCUAAUUUUCUUACUUUUUAAAUAUUUAGAAAUAUAGAUACUCUGUUGUAGAUUCGUUGUGGAUGUAGCUGCACAUGUGUUUUAUACAAUACAUAAUAGGUUGUCUGUUUUUAAGUUGAUGUAUUUGGGACCAAUAGAGGAAAAAAUGAAUUGCAUAUGAUUAUUAAUGCGGAUUUUUUAUUUUUUUUUGCUUUUAAAAAGUUUUGUUUUUGUAAACAACUGUAUGAAACUUUGCAUAUACUACUGAAUAAAUGAGGGCCGCACCAGAAAA